AUGGCGAAUAAUUGGCGGGAAAAGGCAGCGCUGGCUGUCAACGCGCAGGUCGCUUCGACCCACCAGGAACCUUUUCCGCCGCCGCCGUGCCGCGCUUCCCUCGCGGGUGGCGUGUCGCCUGAGCGCGCCAUCGCUCAAACUCAUGCGUCUUUUAACUUCACGUCCAACCAACCAGAAGCUGCUUGCCGGGGUUGUGGUAGCCAACCAUUUGCUUCGCGCCGCUCAUGGCCGAUCGCGCGCCAACUUCAAUCCUGUCGAGUGCUCAGCAGCCAGCUGGCAGCCGCAUCCUUCUGCCAGGAUGUACGACACCCAAUGAACGACUCCAACUCUACAGUGCAUCCAUCCCACUAA